CGUUUAAUUUCAACUCCUUUCGUAAAGAAACAAACCGUAAGCACUCGUCUUCCUCUCCUCUAGUCCUCUCCAAACUUCACAGUUCGGCGGCGACAGCCGCUCACCCUCUUCGAUCAAACGACGCCGGCGACUGUGACUCCGGUCAGACCAGCCACACUCGUCCUCCGUUUUGGUUCUCGGUUCGAAGGUGGUGGAAGCCAAUAUUCAGAAAAAAUGAAGAAAGAACUCAUCUGAACAAAUUAACAUUGAUGGUGAUCUUAUGAGCUUAUUCUUGAACAGAGCCAUGGGGUUUUUAGGUUUUUUCAGGAGGUUUAAUGGCCUUCAGAAAUUUGAUGCAACGCCUAGAGCUAUACCUCUUGGGUACGUCCAGUGUAGAGGCUCAUCAAAUUCCAAGCUUUUCCAUGGUGGCGACGAAACAAUGGUUCCAGUUUUAAUUGUUGGUGCAGGACCUGUUGGUCUCGUCCUUGCUAUUCUUCUCACUAAAUUAGGGAUCAAAUGUGCAAUUGUGGAGAAGAACAGAAGUUUUUCUAAACAUCCGCAAGCUCACUUCAUAAAUAACAGAACUAUGGAGAAUUUAUUGAUAGGUAUUUUGCAAGUUGGAUGGGCUAGCAGAGAAGAUACAAUUAUAUCAACCACCUGUAGAGUCAUGGAGAAAGUUCAUAUAUUGUACUUCACUGAAUGGUACAAUUCUUGGAUCUGUGGACCAUAUGCAACCACAAGAUUUUGAGCACAUUAUCAGCCCAGUUUCUGUUGCACAUUUCUCCCAGUACAAAUUAAACAGAUUACUACUUAAGCAACUUCAAAAUCUUGGGUUUCAAGUCUGUUCACCGGAUAGCUUGGAAGGUCCCUGUGUAGUAAGAGAGAAAAAAAUACUCUUGGGGCAUGAGUGCGUUUCUAUUGAUGCUACUGAUGAGAGUGUAAACAUGACUGCAUCUUAUCUCAAGGAAGGGAAACAUGUCGAGAGGAGAAAUAUCAGCUGUAAUAUCCUUGUUGGUGCAGACGGUGCUGGUAGUACUGUCCGGAGACUAGUAGGCGUAGAAAUGAAAGGUGAAAACGACUUACAAAAGCUUGUAAGCAUCCAUUUUUUCAGUCGAGAGCUUGGUGAGUAUUUGCUAAAAGAUAGGCCUGGAAUGCUGUAUUUCAUCUUUAACACUGAAGCUAUUGGGGUUCUCGUUGCUCACGAUCUCAAGCAAGGGGAAUUUAUAUUGCAGGUACCAUUCUAUCCUCCUCAACAAAACAUUGAAGAUUUCUGCCCUGCGAUGUGUAAUGAGUUAAUCUUCAAAUUGGUUGGUCAAAACCUUUGCGACAUAGAUGUGCAAGAUGUAAAACCUUGGAUUAUGCAUGCUGAAGUUGCAGAGAAGUUCAUAUGCUGUCGAAAUCAUGUAUUACUUGCUGGUGAUGCUGCUCAUCGAUUUCCUCCAGCUGGUGGAUUUGGAAUGAAUACUGGAAUUCAAGACGUUCAUAAUCUUGCCUGGAAAUUAGCUGCAGUGCUACAAGAUAUUGCCUCACCUUCAAUAUUGAAUACUUAUGAAAUGGAAAGGAGGCCGAUAGCACUAUUCAAUACGGCCCUUAGUGUUAAGAACUUCAAAGCAGCUAUGGAAGUACCUGCAGCUCUUGGUCUGGAUCCAAAAAUUGCAAACUCAGUGCACCGAGUAGUUAACAAUGGCCUUGGUUCUAUUUUGUCAUCCUCACUACAGAGCGCAGUUCUGGAUGGAAUUUUUAAGAUAGGUCGUUUGCAGCUCUCAGAUAUAUUUCUCAAUGUUAAAAACCCUAUUGGAUCUUCAAGACUUGCAAAACUGAGACAUAUAUUUGAUGAAGGGAAGAGCCUUCAACUUCAGUUCCCUGCGGAGGAUCUUGGUUUCAGAUACUCUGACGGGGCAAUUAUUCCUGACAAUACUCUACUUGGUGGUCGAGAAGAACCUACAGGUCGUCGGAGACAGUACAUUCCUUCUGCAGAUCCAGGAUCUAGGUUGCCUCAUAUGAAUGUGAGAGUUUUAGCAAGUGAGGACAUCAUUUCCACGCUUGAUCUUAUAUCUGGAGAUAAAAUCGAAUUUCUUCUCAUAAUAGCCCCGCGAUCAGAGUCUUACCAUCUAGCUCACGCUGGUUUCAAGGUAGCGGAGGAAUUCAAAACAUCGGUUAAGGUUUGCAUUUUAUGGUCUGCUAGUACCACGAAGAUUGAAUCAAGCAGCAAGGAUCUACUAACUCCUUGGGAGAACUACGUUGAUGUUGAAGAAAUUCGGCAAUCGACAACUUCACCAUCAUGGUGGGACAUCUGUAAGAUGACCGACAAAGGAGCGAUCCUAGUCCGGCCCGAUGAGCAUAUUGCUUGGAGGGUGAAGUCUGGUAUUUCUGGGGAUCCAAACACAGAAUUGAUGAGAGUUUUUACUACUCUUUUGAAGUGAGAUAUGUUUAGCUAUUUUUUUCCUAUUCUUUUGGGGGCCUUACUUCGUGGUUGGUUUUAGAUCUCUCAUAGAAAGAGUACUACUUUUUGCCACUGGCGUAUUUUAUUGGGAACUUGGGACACAUUGUAGAAUGAAAUGUAUAUUACUACUCUUCAUAAAGUUUAACAUUAUAACAUUUUAACUUUUAUAAAGAAAUAAAGAUUAUUAGUCAUACAAUUUGUAGACAAAUGUCGGCAUAA